ACCUGGAGGAUCUCGACGGAUCGUCAAUUUGUUAUUUAAGCUGUAAGCCCUAGCCCCCGAAUCUCCCGUCCCUGUGUUGCUGUAGAGUAUGGCUUUCACCAAAACGACCGGUGCCGUCCAGGCGGCCCAAAACCCUUCGCAACCGGCGAAACUACGGUGGGGCGAACUAGAUGAGGAUGACGGCGAGGAUCUUGAUUUUUUGCUGCCGCCGCGACAGGUGAUAGGUCCCGAUGAGAACGGCAUAAAGAAGGUGAUCGAGUACAAAUUCAACGAAGAUGGCAAUAAGGUGAAGAUCACGACAACCACUCGUACUCGCAAGCUUGCUAACGCUCGCCUCAGUAAGCGGGCCGUUGAGCGGCGAUCGUGGGCCAAGUUCGGCGAUGCGGUUCACGAGGAUGUUAGCAGCAGGCUUACUAUGGUGUCCACGGAAGAGAUCCUUCUUGAGCGACCUAGGGCUCCGGGUAGCAAGCCAGAAGAACCGAAGGCUGCUGGAGACCCAUUGGCUCAGUUCCAAAAAGGUGCUGUUCUUAUGGUUUGUAGAACUUGUGGGAAGAAGGGAGACCAUUGGACGUCAAGGUGUCCAUACAAGGAUCUAGCCCAACCAAUGGAAGCAUUCAUUGAUAAGCCUGCUGCAUCAGAAGCUGCCACUGCCACUUCUGGUCCAACCAAGGGAGCAUAUGUUCCUCCUGGUCUGAGAGCAGGUGCAGAGAGAACUGGAUCAGAUAUGCGGCGAAGGAAUGAUGAAAAUUCUGUACGGGUCACUAAUCUCUCUGAGGACACAAGAGAGCCGGACUUGCUUGAACUGUUCCGUCCUUUUGGUGCUGUAAGCAGAGUCUAUGUUGCUGUUGAUCAGAAGACUGGUAUUAGCAGAGGAUUUGGCUUUGUUAACUUUGUGAACAGGGAAGAUGCCCAGAGAGCAAUUAACAAACUGAAUGGAUAUGGUUAUGACAGUCUAAUCCUUAGAGUUGAAUGGGCCACUCCAAGAACGAACUAAAUUUUGCGGUACUGCCCGUUGUUUCUAAACUAUACUGAGAGGCCUAUCUAAUUUUGCUACCAGCAUUGUAUUUCUAUUUUCUUCAAAUUUUGAGAUUUUUAUAAUUACGUGUUUUAAAUAAGUGUUAGUAAAUUUGCUUGAUUAAUUACUACUAUGUUAGUUGAUUUCGUGCUUCAGAAG